GUAACAUUUGUAAGCCAAUUUUUGUGACAGCCACACUGAAUUUGCGGCAGCCAGCCAGUCUGUCCUCUGCUACCACUCGAACAACGUUAAAGGGGCUCGUCUCAACAUAGGCCAAUGAUUUCCAGCUCAGCAUUCCUCAAAGGGACCCGGGCGGUCCAGUGCUUCAGACCGUUACACACCACACUCAUUGCCAACAUGCCUAUCAAGGUUGGAGAAAAACUACCGGCAGUGGAGGUUCAUGAGAAUGAGCCAGGCAAUAAGGUGUCAAUGGACCAACUCUUCAAGGGGAAGAAGGGAGUUCUCUUUGCUGUGCCAGGAGCUUUCACACCUGGGUGCUCCAAGACUCACCUUCCAGGGUUUGUGGAGCAGGCAGCAGCGCUGAAGAGCAAGGGUGUGCAGGAGGUCGCCUGCAUCUCCAUUAACGACGCAUUCGUUAUGGCUGCCUGGGGGAAGGAGCAUGGAGCAGGUGGCAAGGUGCGAAUGCUGGCUGAUCCUACUGGCGCAUUCACUAAGGCAGUGGACCUGUUGCUAGACAACGAUCAGAUUGUUGCUGUGCUUGGAAACAAGCGCUCCCAGAGGUACGCUAUGUUGGUGGAAGAUGGCGUUGUGAAGAAUAUCAAUGUGGAGCCUGACGGUACUGGUCUGACAUGCAGCCUGGCCUCUAAUAUGCUCUCUGAGCUGGUGUAGGCCUGUUGGGACUAGCUCAGUCUAACCUUAAGUUACAAUGCACUGUCAUACUACUUUACCUGACCCUUGUCACAUGCCUGUGAAGAUAGAUGUGGUUUAAUGGACAGACAUAUGGUUCAUAAACUGUGAUUAAAGCAAAACAUGUAGACUGCAAA